UCUUUCUUUUCAACUUGAACCUCCUUGAAACGACGCCGUCUCCUACCAACCUUCAUCUAUUCUCCGGCAGUAACUGAACUAGAUAGUUUGCCGUCUUUACGGUAAAAAAAACUUUCACGAAGACGGUGAAGUCUUUUCUUUUCUUUUCUUUUGUCUCUCUUCUCAUCUCCCGACACACUUCUCCACUGUUUUUUCUUGAUUUCACUGAGUGUUCCGUAAGAAAAAAAACAAGCUAGGCUCGAGACUUGCGAAGAGAUCAUCGUGCUUUCGUCCUUUUAUUGAUAUUUCUGGAAGCUUAGGUGGAAGAGGGAAAAGAAGAUCUCUUUUUUUUUUUUUCACUUAUCUGUCUGUACUUCGUUUAUGGAGUCGGUGUGAGAGAUAAAGGUCUUGCCUUUGAUGUUUGUUUGGAACAAGAAGAAGAAGAGGGAGUAAAGAUUAGCUCAGAAUGCAUUUCACCAAGCUUGAUGACUCUCCCAUGUUCCGCAAACAGUUACAAAGCAUGGAGGAGAGUGCAGAAAUAUUGAGGGAAAGAAGUCUCAAGUUUUACAAAGGCUGCCGGAAAUACACGGAAGGGUUAGGAGAGGCGUAUGAUGGAGACAUUGCUUUUGCUAGUGCGCUUGAAACAUUUGGUGGAGGCCAUAAUGAUCCUAUUAGUGUGGCCUUUGGAGGACCUGUAAUGACGAAAUUUACCAUUGCGUUGAGGGAGAUUGGGACUUAUAAGGAGGUUCUUCGCUCACAGGUGGAACAUAUACUGAAUGACAGAUUACUUCAAUUUGCCAAUAUGGACUUGUAUGAGGUUAAGGAAGCUCGGAAGCGCUUUGACAAGGCUAGUCUUACCUAUGAUCAGGCCCGUGAGAAGUUUCUUUCGUUGAGGAAAGGUACAAGAAGUGACGUUGCUGCUGCUUUAGAACAGGAACUUCACACUUCGAGGUCUAUGUUUGAGCAAGCUCGGUUCAACCUUGUGACUACUCUUUCAAAUGUUGAAGCUAAGAAAAGGUUUGAAUUUUUAGAAGCAGUCAGUGGAACUAUGGAUGCACAUCUUAGGUACUUUAAACAGGGUUAUGAGUUACUUCAUCAGAUGGAACCAUAUAUCAAUCAGGUCUUGACCUAUGCAAAACAGUCUAGAGAAAGAUCAAACUAUGAACAAGCAGCACUCGACGAAAAGAUGCAGGAGUUCAAAAGACAAGUUGAUCGAGAGAGCAGGUUUGGUUCAAACGGUUCCAAUGGAUCCCCAAAUGGAGAUGGCAUACAAGCCAUUGGUAGAAGCUCUCACAAAAUGAUAGACGCUGUAAUGCAAUCUGCUGCAAGGGGAAAGGUGCAAACAAUACGUCAAGGUUAUCUCUCUAAACGUUCUUCAAACCUGAGAGGAGACUGGAAACGACGGUUUUUUGUUCUUGACAGCCGGGGAAUGCUGUACUAUUACAGAAAGCAAUGUAGCAAACCAUCUGGUGCUAGCAGCCAGCUUUCUGGACAGAGAAACAGCUCAGAGCUUGGGUCUGGACUUCUCAGUAGGUGGCUCUCGUCUAAUAAUCAUGGUGGAGUUCAUGAUGAGAAGUCUGUAGCUCGUCAUACAGUGAACUUGCUUACCUCAACUAUUAAAGUCGACGCUGAUCAGUCAGAUCUGAGGUUUUGCUUUAGGAUCAUUUCACCUUCAAAAAACUACACAUUGCAGGCUGAGAGUGCACUAGACCAAAUGGAUUGGAUAAAAAAGAUCACUGGAGUUAUUGCAUCACUACUUAGCUCUCAGGUCCCUGAACGGUGUCUCUUUGGUAGUCCCAUGGGAAGUGGCCACCACCGGUCCGCUAGUGAAAGCAGCUCAUACGAAAGCUCUGAGUAUGACAUUCCUAACACUGAAGAGUUUGUAUGUGAGAGGAGCUUUUUGGGGUACAAUGAAAGGCCAUCAAGAAACUUCCAGCCACAACGGUCCAUUAGAAAGGGUGAGAAGCCCAUUGACGUUCUGAAAAAAGUCUCUGGGAAUGACAAAUGUGCAGAUUGUGGAGCUCCGGAACCAGACUGGGCUUCUUUAAAUCUAGGGGUUCUUGUCUGUAUAGAAUGUUCUGGUGUUCACAGAAACCUUGGUGUGCAUAUAUCUAAGGUUAGAUCACUCACACUUGACGUGAAAGUAUGGGAGCCUUCCGUUAUAACUUUGUUCCAAGCUCUUGGAAACACAUUUGCAAACACAGUCUGGGAGGAGUUGCUUCAUUCAAGGAGCGCCUUCCACGUUGAGCCAGGCUUAACAGGGUCUGAUAAAUCAAGGGUCAUGGUCACUGGGAAACCAAGCUAUGCUGAUAUGAUAUCUAUCAAGGAGAAGUAUAUACAAGCUAAGUAUGCUGAGAAGCUUUUUGUUCGGAGAUCGAGAGACUGUGACUUCCCACAAUCAGUUGCACAACAGAUGUGGGAUGCAGUGAGUGGCAACGAUAAGAAGGCAGUUUACAGGCUUAUUGUAAACGGUGAAGCGGAUGUGAACUCAGUGUAUGAUGGCCAAUCAUCUUCCACCUCUUCGUUAACGCUUUCAAGAGUAAUGUUAAUACCGGAGAAGCCACCAACGCGCGAGGACGUGCUACUCAGAUUAAGAAACGAGUUACUCGAUAGAACCUCUUCAGGCUGUUGUUCUUCGAGUAUUCCUCCUGAGGAAACUGGAGGAGGUUGUUCUCUGCUUCACUGUGCUUGUGAGAAGGCAGACAUUGGGAUGGUGGAGCUUUUGCUGCAGUACGGUGCAAAUGUGAACGCUAAAGAUUCAAGUGGUCAAACGCCGCUGCACUGUUCUAUUCUCAGAGGCAAAGCGGUAGUAGCAAGACUGCUUCUCACGAGGGGAGCAGACCCGGAAGCUGUUAAUGGAGAAGGAAAAACAGCUCUUGACAUUGCUGCGGAGUCGAAGUUUACUAAUGCAGAAGUCUUGGCUCUCCUUUCAGAAGCUGCAAACGGUUACAAUCACAGACAGUGAUGAUAAAGAUAACAUAAGCUCAUGAAGUCUUGGGAGCUACGUUUCCCCAUCAUUACUUUCAGAGCUUUAAGAGCCAAUCAACACUAAAAGAACCUAAUGUACACUGGACUCUGAGCAAGCUAAGCCCCCCAAAUUAAGUUUAUGUAUUGAUGUUUUGUGAUGGAUAUAAGCUGCUUAUUGGAAAGUUAUAGUGGAUUGUGUUGUGUGUAUUUGAUGUAAGAAGACUAUAGCAACCUCAGCUUGUGGAUUGUUCAUUUCUGCAGAAGUGUUAA